AUGCAGUAUUUUGAUAUGGAAUUUCGUGUUCCAGAUAAAGACCCUUUAUUUAAUGGAACAAUUUCAUUUAUGCAAUGUAUGGUUUUCUGUUUAUCUAUGCCAUCGUGUCUGUCUGUGUUUGUGUCCAAUAGAGAAACUUGUACAGGGUACCACUUUACACAUCACUAUAAAGCUGGACUACAGUUUUUGAAUUCCAGUGAGGAAACAUAUUUCUUCAAAGAACAUAAAUGUAACACACCUGGUUACACCUGGAAUUCAACACACCAGUAUUGUUACAAGUAUCAUACUACUGGAAAAAAAUAUGAAGAAGCUAGAACAGCGUGUAGUCAAGACGAUCCUAGAAGUCAUUUAUUUCUUGUGGACUCAGAAAGUGCCAUCGUGUUUUUACAACAUAUAGUUGAUCUUUAUGGUAAUAAACUGUACUUACAAGGAAUGAGAAAAGACGCGUCCUCGCCUUUCCUUAACGACUUUGGUGGAGCAAUACCAUUUUUCCUAUGGAAUGAAAAUGAACCAGAAUCUCAUUCUGAAAGUAUUUACUUACGUACAAGUUUCUCAAAUUCAACGCUAAUGGAGGUCUCACGAGGAGAAAUCUAUAGAAAAUUUCUGUGUUACAUUAUGUAG